CCAUAUAACUUUACGAUUCUCUCAUGACAUCUCUCCAGGUCGACCUAUAUGGCCCUUAAGGUCGGUAAAUCAUCACCUGGAGUCUCUACAAAUGAAGAUUGCAAUCAUUCACAAUCAUCUGCUCUCGGUGGUGCCUGGAGACUGCCUGCACUGGAUCUCUGAA